AUGGCGAUAUCAUCACCCCCACCGAACGGACUCCCGCUCAAGAAGACGACGAGCUCACCAGCAGUCAGCGCCGUCUUCUCGACCACGGAGCUCGUCGAAGCAGUUCUCGAGUACCUUCCCAUAUUGGACCUCAUCCGCUGCAAGGCAGUGAACCGCAAGUUCAACGACGUCGUCACCCAGACCAAGUCGAAAGUCAUUAAGCAAAGACUUUUCCUGCUUCCGGUAUCAGAGUCAUCACCUGUAUCCAUGAACGUGAACAUAAAGACCUGGGAAGACUCUCUCGGUCGCGAAGCCAAGCUGCUUGGAGCACCCAGGGACAGCAUGGUCCACACGUCGGCAUAG